UUAGCGUCGGACAAGCCCCAAGAACAGCAUCUUCACUUGCCAUCAACGCCGGGAAAAUUAGCGCAGUCCACCAUCAACGCCGGGAAAACUACCGCAGGCCAUGGCGCCGAGAAACUGGGCUUCGGGUCUUCCGUCGGAGCUUCUCUCUCAGAUUUUUGAGCUCUGCAACUACUUUCAUCGUGCACGUUUUGCCGCUGUUUGCCGCCCAUGGCACACGGCAAAACUCCAGACUAGCAAACUGCUGUCUACUCCGUGGCUCAUGUUAUCUCUGCCCUUCGACUACAGACGUUGGCUCGCCGCCUCUUCCUCUGCCGAUCUGGAUCCAAUGGCUAGACUUAGACUUCCUGAUAUUAAUGGCCUCGCUGCCAUUGGAUCGUCUCCCGACGGCUGGCUCGUCUUCGUUGACAUGGAAAAUGAGAUUCUCGUCCUGAAUCCCCUGAAUAAGGUCAGCAUUCAGUUUCCCUCCUUCAAGACUUAUCCUGAAGCAACGCCCUUGCAUAUUAUACCUGCAUUUCAUAAUCAAAGGCAUAUUGAAGCAAGACCUGACUUUCCCAAUCCUAACAAACUACUGUCUUUCCGUGUUUUCAAAGUUGUUUUAUCGCCCUCGUCUUCACCUGGGUCAUCCGCCGCCGCUGUUAUUUAUCAAUCUAUGGGUUUAUUAAUGAUUUCGUUGUCUGACGGAUGGGUUCCUGUGGAUUUAGGCUAUAUCAUUAGGGAUGUAAUUUUUCAUAAUGCAAUGCUGUAGGCUGUGAACAUGGAUGAGACAAUACUGAUUUGGGACAUAAACAGAGAGUAUCCUGUACUCCUAUAAGAAAUCAAGCUAAGAGCUCAGGACCAAGUGAAAGAGAAACGCCCAUGAUUAUUUUUAGUUUGUUGUGCAGGAGAAUUAUUGGUGGUUUGGAGGUGGAAUUGGAUUGAUCAAGAACGACCUUAAUUAUUUAAAGUUUUUAAGUUAGUAAUGAAAGAAAAUUAUAU